AUGCUCUUGACCCAGUCUCAAGUCUCCGUCUUCGUCUCAUCCGGAGUAAUCAUUUUCUUCACGUUUCUGCUCUUCCUGUCAGGCUACGUGUAUCAACAACAGUCCGUCCGGGGACUUCAAGAUGCGAUCAGACCACGAAUACCGCAAGCACCGAAGUCUCUAGCGGUGCAAGACCCAUCGAAUACGGGUACAAACGACUUCGCAAAGUCGCGAUUCUUCCGGAACGAGAGAGGCCAUGUCACAUUCACCGACUUCAACAAAGAUGUUCAUAGCGCGGGCGCCAACAUCAACUGGAAACGGCUGGCACAUAUACAGCUUGUGCGAAACCACCACGAUAUCUGUGGUGCGAUAAUGGUGUUGGCGGAUCUUCAUACACUGAGAUCUCCGGCAAGGAGAGUGCUGUUAUUUCCCAAAGAGUGGGCAGAGCAAAAGAAGGCAGAAAAGGGCGAUGUGUCAGAUCCAUAUCUUGAUAGCACGAGACGGCUCAUGAGAAUGGCUGCGAGGAGAUAUCAAGUGGAAUUACACCCCGUGGACCCAGUUCCGAGCGCAGAUGGGAGCGAGACAUAUUCUCUGGCUAGUGCUUUUGAGCUCUACGGCGAUUUUGAUCGUGUACUGAAUAUCGAGACACCGGGACUUCUGCUGGAUGCAGAGCCGCUGGACGCUAUUCUUGGGUUCACAGAGAGUACACCAUUCGCCAUGCUGCACGAUACAUCAACGAAUGAUGGAGUCCAUUCCGAGGACCUCUUUCUUCUGCAACCAUCGAAAACGACAUAUGCCGAGAUUUCAGCUGGUCUGAAGUUCAAGGAAGCAGCUGGAUUCAACGACACCUACCUCGCGAGUCUCUUCCCAGAUCCUGUCUUAUUGGCAUCCAGCAACGAGAAGACGGCGCUGGUACGAUCUGUCAAGGUUCUUCACGAUGUCGAGGCAGGCGCCAAGUUCAACGAAACCGCAUUCACGGACGAUGUCGCGUACAUCCGAUUUUCGGAUCCGAAGUUGCCUGGUCCGGAGUACGAUGUGCCGUGGGCGGACAAAGUGGCUGCGAGACCGAAGAACAAGGGUGCAGACUGGGCAUGGACGAGUCUGUACGGACAGUACGCUCAGAAGCGGAUGGAGAUUUGCGGGCUGGACCUCGAGAGUUGGCGCCCUUGA